UGCAUUGCCACAUACCUGAGCAACAGCAGGCUUUGCUGUCUUUGAUGUGACUUGGUGGUUUGAUUUGAUGGCAGUGUUGGUCUUUUGGCCCAAAAUGUUGCAUAUUACAAUAUGAUGGCGUCACAUGUGGAGCUCCUCUUUGGAGCUCUGCAGGACUUGGGGAAUGAGGAGCUCAAGCAUUUCCAGUGGUUCCUGAAGCAGGCUGGCAUUGUAGAAGGCUUCCCAGCAAUCCCAAAGGGCCAACUGGAAGAGGCUGACAGGCAGGACACGGUGGAUCACAUGGUGCAGACUUACAGCCUUCCCGGAGCUCUGCAGAUCACAGCGGAAGUUCUGAAGAAGAUCUGCAGGAAUGAUUUAGUGGAGCGUCUUUCCGAAAUUGGGUCUGAACCCAGCAGGGAUGCCACUAAUGUUGGAGAGACUUCUGAGAAAACAAAAGGCUUUUGCAAUCAACAGGCAGUUUUUCCUCACCCAGCCACGCCUGGUGCACAGGCUGAAGAUUUGUUGGUGCAAAGACCAAAGCCUCCACAAAUCAUCGCAUCAUACCAACGCAUACUCCAGUCAAACCUCCAGAACAAGUUUAUGUGUAUAACAGAGGGGUCGUCAAUGCAAAAGGAUAAGAAACUUCUGGAUGAUAUUUACACAGAGCUCUACAUCAUAGAUGGGUAUGAUGUAGAUGUCAACAGGCAGCAUGAGGCCAGCCACAUUGAGAUGACAUCAAGAAAACCAGAAGGAACUGAGAGAUCAAUUAAGCACAAUGACAUUUUCAAACAUGCUUCUGGAGAAAACACACCUGUAAGAACAGUCCUGACCAAUGGGAUUGCAGGAAUUGGCAAAACAUUCCUUGUUUACAAGUUCAUCCUGGACUGGGCUGAAGGGAGAGCCAAUCAAGAUGUGCAUCUCACAUUUCCUUUCACCUUCCGCCAGCUGAAUUUGCUGAAUGGGAGAAGGUUUCGGUUUGCUGAGCUCAUUCACAAAUGUAUUAGGGAAACCAAAGACAUCAGGGAGGAGGAUCUCAAUGACAUAUUCAAAAAGCUUCAGGCUUCAGGAAAUACCAACUAUGACAAAAGUAAAUUCAAACUUCUGUUUGUGCUUGAUGGGCUGGACGAAAGCCGCCUUCAUCUCGACUUCAGUGACAAGGAAGAAUGCUCUGUUGAUGAGCCACUGUUGGUGAAUGAACUCCUGGCAUACCUCAUCAAGGGCAAACUGCUCCCCUCUGCUCGCCUCUGGAUAACCACAAGACCGGCAGCGGCCAAUCAGAUCCCUCUUGACGUAGUCGACAUCAUGACAGAGGUGAGGGGGUUCACUGAUGCACAAAAGGAGGAGUACUUCAGGAAGAGAUUCAGAGAUUCAGAGAUGGCCAGCAGAGUCAUCUCCCACAUCAAGACAUCGCAGAGCCUCCACGUCAUGUGCCAUAUUCCAGUUUUCUGCUGGAUCUCUGCUACAGUUCUCAAGCAAAUGUUAAGAGAAGAUGAGAGAAACGAAAUUCCUCAAACUCUGACUGAGAUGUAUACAAAAUUCCUUGUGUUUCAGAUCAAGCAGACAGCACUGAAGUAUGACACAGAUAAGAACCUCCAGAUCAUCCAGUCACUUGCAAAGCUUGCUUUUCACCAGCUGGAGGAAGGUAAUCUGAUCUUCUAUGAGACAGACUUGAGGAACAGUGGCAUUAAUCCCAGUGAAGCAUCAGUGUACUCCGGGGUGUUCACUCAGAUCUUUAAAGAAGAAGAUGGGCUGAAUGAAGACAAGAUGUUUUGCUUUGUGCAUCUGAGCAUUCAUGAGUUUCUGGCGGCUGUUUUUGUAGUCCUGUCUCUCUUUAAUGACAAAAAGGAUGUGAUGGCUGAGCCUCAAACACCUCUUCAACGCCUACGGAUGUUUUUCAGGAAAGCAUCUGCAACAGAGGUCUAUAUGAAGGCUGUGGACAAGGCCUUACAGAGUCGAAAGGGACACCUAGACAUGUUCCUCCGCUUCCUCCUGGGCCUUUCAUUGAAGUCAAAUCAGAAUCUCUUACAAGGCUUGGUGAAGCCUAGGGAAUGCAACACAGAGACCAACCAGAAACUAGCUAAGUACAUCAAAAAUAAGAUCAGGGAGAAUCCCUCACCAGAGAGAUGCAUUAACCUCUUCAGCUGUCUGAGUGAAAUGAAGGACCGUUCGCUAGUGGAGAGCAUCCAACAUUACCUUAGAACAGGAAGCGUCUCCACAGCCAAUCUUUCUCCUGCUCAGUGGUCAGCCCUGGUCUAUGUGUUACUGUCAUCCGAAAACGAGCUGGAUGUGUUUGACCUAAAAAAAUACUCCAAGUCAGAGGAAGUUCUAAUGAGAAUGCUGCCAUUGGUCAAAGCCUCAACAACUGCACUACUGGACCAGUGUGAGCUUUCACACCGGUCUUGUGAAGCCUUGGCUUCAGUCCUCAGCUCCAAGUCUUCCAGUCUGAGAGAGCUGGACCUGAGUAACAACAACCUGCAGAGUUCAGGAGUGAUGCUGCUCUCUUUUGGACUGGCGAGUCCACAAUGUAGACUGGAAAUUCUCAGGUUGUCAAGAUGUGAGGUCACAGAGAGUGACUGUUCUUCUUUGGCCGCAGCCCUGAGCUCCAACCCCUCCCAUCUGAAAGAGCUGGACUUGUGCUACCCACGAAAAAAAGUGUUGCUGUCGAGGAGGACGCCACUGCCACUCAGACAGUUACCAGGGUACUCUGAGCUAAUAGCAACAUGCUGUCCAAAUGUGGAACAAUAUCAUAGUCUGAGAGAACUUGACCUGAGUAACAACCACCUGCAGGAUUCAGGACUGAAGCUGCUCUCUGCUGGACUGGAGAGUCCACACUCUAGGCUCGAAACUCUCAGGCUCAGUUUCUGCAACCUGUCGAAGAGAAGCUGUGCAUAUCUGGCCUCAGUACUCAGCUCUAAGUUCUGCAACCUGAAAAACCUGGACCUGAGUGACAAUGACCUGGAGGAUUCAGGAGUGACGAUGCUGUCCACUGGACUGGAAAGCCCAUACUGUAGACUGGAAACACUUAGCAGGUUGCCUGGCUGCCUGGUCACCAAGGAAGGCUGUGCCUCUUUGUCUUCAGCCCUGAGCUCCAAUCCCUCCCAUCUGAGAGAGCUGGACCUGAGCUACAAUUAUCCAGGAGACUCAGGGGUGAAGCUGCUCUCUGCUGGACUGGAGGACCCACGCUGGAGACUGGAUACUCUCAGUGUUGAUCAUUGUGGAGCGUUCAGGAUCUUGUCUGGGCAUAGGAAAUAUGCCUGUGAACUCACCCUAGACCCCAAAACAGCAAACAAGAAAUUCGUCCUAUCUGAAGAUAACAGACAAGUGACAGUGGCAAGAAAGGGGCAGCCAUAUCCUGAUCACCCAGAGAGGUUUGAACACUGGUGCCAGGUUCUGUGUACAAAUGGUCUGACUGGACGCUGUUUCUGGGAGGUGGAAUGGGAAGGACAAGCUUGUGUAGGAGUGACAUACAGGAGCAUCUGCCGGAAAGGAUGCAAGAACGACUCUCUGCUCGGGUGGAAUGACAAGUCCUGGUGCUUAGACUGCAACAAGAACACUGCUUGGCACAACGGGAAGGGUACAGAUACAACCAGGACAACCUACUACGGUUUCAGUAGAUUAGCUGUUUACCUGGACUGGCCUGCCGGCACUCUGUCCUUCUACAUGGUCUCCUCUCACACGCUGAUCCACCUCCACACCUUCCACUGCACAUUCACUGAACCUCUCUAUCCUGCACUGAGGGUUCUCGGCACUUCCUCAUUUGCGUUAUUGUGCUCAUCUUAGUGACUGUCCUGUCCCAUUGUCCCGUUGGUUGAUGCAACAGAUGCAAAUUUAAAGAAGAUGUGUUUUUUGUCCAACUCAACGGAUGUUAUAGUCGAGCAGCAGUGUAAAGAACACCCAAAUUCUACAUUAUUAAAAAAAGUUUCAAGGAAAGUCAAAGGAACUAAAAAAUGAUUAAAAUUAAAUACUUUAAUAAAAUGAAAUGACAUUAUUCAAAUUUUGAUGUUUGGGAUGUUGGUUGCGACUUGUCUGUUCAAUACAGUAAACACUUUCCUUUCUA